UGACUGUGGAGUUGAUGGUGUCAAUGCAUUGCAAAGGGUGCUUCAGAGCCGUGAAGAAGGCAAUCAGCAAACUCGAUGGAGAAGAAGGUGAUCAUCACCGGCGAUAUCACUCCGGAGCUCGUUCUCAAGAAGAUUAAAAAGACCGGCAAGACGGUAAGCUUGAUCCCACCGCCGCCGCCACCAGAGCCAGAGCCUCAACUAGCGGCGGAAGAACAGCCACCUCCACCUCAAGAACAAUCGCCACCGGCCGAAGAAGCAGCUGCCGCUCCACAAGAAAAUCCUCCACCGCAAGACGAAGCAGUGGAGGCAAAGUAAAGUUCGUGCUUCAUAGAAAUCCUCGUAAAGCAAAAGGAAGUUUGAGGAUAGUGUGACAGAAUCUUAUACUUUUCUAUUCAUGAAGACCAUGUAUCAAAUUAUUUCAUCUGUCUUUGUACAUUGCAUUGUUUUUAAAUAGUGUGAUAGAUUCAUGGA